AGCAGCGGCGGCGGCGGCGGCGGCGGCAGGAUGUUAGGGCAGCAGCAGCAGCAGCAGCAGCAGCAGCAGCAGCAGCAGCAGCUGUACCCGUCGGCCGCGCUCCUGACCGGAGAGCGGAGCCGGCUGCUCACCUGCUACGUGCAGGACUACCUGGAGUGUGUGGAGUCGCUGCCCCACGACAUGCAGAGGAACGUGUCGGUGCUGCGGGAGCUGGACAACAAAUACCAAGAAACUUUAAAGGAAAUUGAUGAUGUCUAUGAAAAAUAUAAGAAAGAAGAUGAUUCAAACCAGAAGAAACGCCUACAGCAACAUCUGCAGAGAGCGUUAAUCAAUAGCCAGGAAUUGGGAGAUGAAAAAAUUCAGAUUGUCACACAAAUGCUGGAAUUGGUGGAAAAUCGGGCGAGACAAAUGGAGCUGCAUUCACAGUGUCUCCAAGAUCCUGCUGAAAGUGAACGGGCCUCCGACAAGGCGAAGAUGGAUUCUAGUCAACCUGAAAGAUCUUCUAGAAGACCUAGAAGACAGCGAACCAGUGAGAGCCGUGAUUUAUGUCACAUAACAAAUGGGAUUGAAGACUGUGAUGAUCAGCCCCCGAAAGAAAAGAAAUCCAAAUCUGCUAAGAAAAAGAAACGCUCCAAGGCCAAGCAGGAAAGGGAAGCCUCACCUGUUGAGUUCGCAAUAGAUCCCAAUGAACCUACCUACUGCUUAUGUAACCAAGUGUCUUACGGGGAGAUGAUAGGCUGUGACAAUGAGCAGUGUCCCAUUGAGUGGUUUCACUUUUCAUGUGUCUCACUCACCUAUAAACCAAAGGGGAAAUGGUAUUGCCCCAAGUGCAGGGGAGACAAUGAGAAAACAAUGGACAAAAGUACUGAAAAGACGAGAAAGGAGAGGAGAGCGAGGUAGUGAAGGCCAUCUGUGUUUUAAAAGGGUUGUUUGUCUUUUAUAGAAUUGGUUUAAUUUCAGAAAAUGUUUUAGGAGACAUGCAUAAGACUAUGCAAUACUUUUUAAUCAUUAGUAUUAAUGGUGUAUUAAAAGUUCUUGUACUUUG